UAACUACAAGUACAACACAAGUCAAUGCCCUUUAUAACUCAAUAGUCAUAUAUAUAUAUAUAUUCUAAAUAUAUCCAAGUUUGUAAGCUGUGAUUGGUAAACAAAAUAGAACAAAUUUAAAAGCGUAAAUGGAAUAAAUAAUUUUCGAUCAGAUAAUUUUCUUCUUUUCAGCUAAAAAAUUCUCACUAAAAAGUGAAAAAAAAACACUCUACAAUAAUGAAUCCAAUCAAAUUCUCUUUUACAUUUUCCACCAUUUUAGUCCAAAAUAUUUUUCAAUCAGGGAUUUAGAUUAGCACCUUUUGAUCUGUAUACCCUUAAACAGGUAUAGGUGUAUAGGAGUUUUAAGUGAUUCAAUUAGAUCACAAUUGAAUAAAACAAGAAUUUGCCAAUAUUUCAUAUAAGUUGUUACAGCAAAUCCGAAUCCGGAAUUUUGUCCGUAAAAGUUGGAAUAAAUAAAACGGACAUUUUGUCCAUCUUAAUCAUUUUCCAUCUGACGACGGCGCGUGAUGACAAUCUAGUGUAAGCGCGUGAGUGAACUAAAGAGACCAAUACAAUUUUUUCUUACCGAACCAAAACAAAGCUUGUUAGCAAAUAGUACACACAAUCUAUCUCUCUCUCCUAUUCUCUCUCUCAUCAAAAUGGAGAAUUCGCCAAGAUACAGAGAUGCUUCGACGAAUCCGAUUCCAUCUCCUCGAUGCAGUAGCAGCAGCACUGAAAGCAACAAGCCACCCACAACUCCGACCCGAAACCUAACCCCAAGAUCCGAAUCCGGAAACCCGUACCCGACAACUUUCGUCCAAGCCGAUACCACUUCCUUCAAGCAAGUCGUCCAGAUGCUAACCGGAUCCUCAGACAGACCCAAACACCACAACAACAACACAUCGUCUCUUAAACCCGACCCGAGAUCCUCCUCUCCUUCCCAAUUCUCUAUCCCUCCGAUCAAAGCCGUCCCCAACAAGAAACACUCUUCAGGGUUCCGUCUCUACGAGCGUCGUAACUCGAUGAAGCACCUCAAAAUCAACCCGUUAAACCCGGUUUUCAACCCGGUUAACUCGCCCCGGAAACCCGAGAUCCUCUCUCCGAGCAUCCUCGAUUUCCCGUCUCUCGUACUCAGCCCGGUUACUCCUCUUGUACCCGACCCGUUUAACCGGUCCGGAUCAUCGAAUCAGAGCUCCAACGACGAGGAAGAGAAGGCUAUGAAAGAGAAGGGGUUUUAUUUGCACCCGUCUCCGGCGACAACUCCGAUGGAUUCUGAGCCUCGUCUUCUUCCUCUGUUCCCGGUGACUUCUCCUAGAGUCUCAGGUUCUUCUACAGCUUCAUGAAAACACAUUAAUUUUUUUUUUUGUGAUCUUACUAUGUAUUAUACGAGGGAAAUUGUAACGCUGAGAUGAGAUGUUUGCGAUUUGAAAUUAUCGCCUUCAAUUGUAUUUUAAUAUAUCUCUAUGGUUUUAUUGAUUUGAAUGCUCAUGUUUGGCUUGUUUA